AUGGAGGGUGCACGAGGGCUCAAGAGGGAGAUACUGUUACUUGCCUGGCAUUUGCUACCCCAUCCAUAUAUUGUUAUGAGAAGCGAAAAUGCAGAUAGUGAACACGGAAAAGUUAUGCAAAUAUUUGCUCCAUUGAUUUCCGUUGUCACACGACUGUUUCCUGUAGGCCAAGGACAACCGUGUGUACGUCUUUGCGUGAUUUAUGAAGGUGGGGAAUUCGAGCUGUUACGAACAAAAGACAAAAUAUUCUAUUCUAUAAUGAUUUUAAAGCAUAGGUGGACAAACAGAAAACAACACGGACGUAGAGCUUCGCAAUAUUCGAAAUUCGCGACAACUCACUCGGCAACGUCACAGCACCAAAUUUUAGCAAUAGCAAGGUUAACUCCUACUCCUCAGAAGAGU